GUUGCCUCUCGAGUGACACGUUAUGUACUUUCCUCCAUACGUGCACGUUUACUACCCGAUUUGCAUACGACCAAAGUAAAAAGAAGACGAGAGUAGACGCGGGACGAGAAAAAUCAGUGUGCCUCGCGUGUCCUUUGUGCGAGGAUUUCGAAAGACUGUCGAUCAGUGGUUUUUGUCGCGGCUGGCCGGCAUAUCUUGUACUAUAAAAGCAAACGCGGAUAGCCCUCGUUGUCCAGAGUAGGAGCGAGAAUUUAAUCAGGAUGUGGAUACUGUACGUGGCAUUGGUUGCGUCGUGCGGAAGCGUGAUCGCGUUUCCACAAAACGACAACUUCUACGGAGUGGAUGAUUUUGUUUUCAACGAACCUAUCACGAGACCAUCGCACGUUACUUACGCCCCUGUGACACCCACCACCGUUGCAACAACGACAACUUCGGAAAAUUCUGACGCCGCGAUCCAGGCGUGCAUCAACAGUUGCCAGACUACCUCGGAAUAUAACCCGAUUUGCGGCACGGACAACGUGGUGUACUCCAAUCCAGGAAGCUUGGGCUGUGCAAUGCAAUGCGGCAAAGACAUCAAGUUGAAGUACUACGGAAUGUGCGGUGUGGCUGACAGAGGUUAAUUCCUGGCUGGUCUGACUGGGAUCGCAUACUUCACCGUCGUCCAUUUAUUGUAACCCGUUUUCACCGUCAUGGCGGUCGUUUUUAUGUAAAUCUGAAGAAACUGUCCUCGAUCAUGGUUUUAUUUUACCACCGACUUCACCGUUGCCUUUCAUUUUGAUAUAUGAGUAGAAGCGUUACUAGGAAUUAAUGAAAUUAGUUUAUUAGUUGUCCGUCUUAUACAUUAUAUUAAAUAUAUAUAGGAGACCGAGAAAAGUUUUGCAACAAAGGCACGUGUUUCUAUAAGAUGUUGCAAAGUAUCGGUUGUUCGCUACACGAUGUACUGCUUUCAAAAACAAUAAAGUCACUCAACGUGUCAUAGACGUCGUUCUAGCGUAAGGGGUUAAUGCAGUCAGAGUAUGGCGUAUUUCCUUUCACGAGUAACGAAUACUUCUAGAUUUGUUUGUAAACUAACUUCUACGUGCAAAAGCUAGAUU